UUUUUAGUUCUUGAUACGCUAUUUCAUUGGCAUAGGUGGUAUCGAGAAGGAUAAAUCCUUCUCCACCAUAGAAUUGUAAUUUUCCAUUGCCUACCACAUUUUUGUAUAUGGAAACGUUCUUGACCUUUCCAAAAGCAGCCAUACUUUGGUUAAGCACUCUAACGAGUACUUCUUCGCUGGGAUAUAGGAACAUGUUGCGGAGUUUGACGAACGUCAGCCUCGUUAUCAUGCUUUGGGUCUCGAUCGCACGGAUGUCACAAGUAAAAUUGAGUUCGUUAAUAAAAUGUGACGUAGCGGAAGUAUUCAAAGAUGUUAACACCUUUCAAGAAUACGGCUUUCUGUUGAAUUCACUGCACAAUUAUGCUCGUUUUCAAGGGAGAUAUUUGUUGACCUUAAUCCCCAAUUCGGUUGCUUGCUUGCGCAUUUGGGAUGCUAUCUUUGGUUCGUAAAAAAUCUCGACCCCAACUCCUUUAGGGGCCAACCUAACGGUAGCCUCGGAUACUGGCUGGUGUAAACUUGUUAAAGAUGGCUUCAAGCGCAUCUUCAACUGAGUUGCUGGAGGUAGGC